CACCGCCAACGUCUCGCCCGAUAAAGUCACACGUGCGGAUGCCCAGUGACGGGCAUUGUUGACUUUUGUAGAUUGUUAUGGGAUACGUAUGCGGUCACUGAAAAACAGCCUGCGACAGAGGGUCCAGUAGCACGAGUCUCGCAUGCUGCGUCCGGUUUCAGUCUCAGGUAACGCUCAUAUUUGCGCAUUCCGCUACACAACUGUUUCCGGACGUGUUCCAGAGGGUUCUCCGUCAUGAGUUGGAGUAUAAAAUGUUCCGCAAACCAUGAUGUUUCGCUACACGAACAUGUACGCGUUGUGGUGGUUGCUGUGCUUCGGUUUGGUCGCUGACGUGUUGGCAAACCAGCAGACCAAGCUUAUUGUUUUCCUCGUGGACGGCUUGAGAUGGGACUACGUGGAUAUUCAGCAGCACCAGGGCUUUAGAUGGCUUACUCAAAAUGGUGUCAAGGCUCAUCACGUCGUGCCUAUUGUACCAGCUAAUUCUUACCCCAAUUGGUACUCCAUCGUGACGGGGCUGUACGCUGAAGAACAUGGCAUGUUACAAAACUACAUGUACGACUCAGACAAGAGCAGUUACUUUCGCAUGUCCAGUCCUUCCAGCUUUCUUCCUUAUUGGUGGGACCAAGCGGAACCGCUAUGGGUUCGCGCCGAGAAGAGAAACAUACGUACAGCCAUGUUCUGGUGGGAUGGCUGUCAGGUGCCUCUUCAGGGCAUCAAACCGUCCUUCUGCAUUCCGUACAAAGGAACGUGGAGCACCGUAAACGAUGACGUCAAAUACAACAUCGGAGCUGUCAUGACAGCCUUCAAGGCAGGGUCACUGGACAUGGCCCUCAUCUAUUACGAAGGACCUGAUGCUGCUGGUCACGCUUACGGCCCAGAUUCGAUGGAGACAAGACGGAGCGUUGACAGCUUCAAUGAUAUACUGAUGCACCUCCAGAAGGAGCUGCUCUCGCGUCAACUUGAUAAGUCGGUGAACGUCGUGGUGCUGUCGGACCACGGAAUGACCAACACUGGAGCUCACGACGUUACUCUCAUUAACUUGGAAUCUUUUCUUGCAUCGGAAGACAUCCAUAUCAUGCUUGACAAGGGACCUUUCUCCAUGCUCCACCCGGUACCAGGAAAAGAAGAACAGGUGUACGAAAAAUUGAAGGCUGCCAACAUACCUGGUCUAGAAGUUAUGCAAAGGGAAGAAAUUCCAGAUUACUUCCACUUCCGAAACAACCGACUCGCGGCCCCUAUACUGUUGACAACGAAGAAGGGUUAUUACCUCAUGCCCCUCUCAGAUGCUCGGAAAAUGGAUCCACCUCCGUCGUCAUCGAUCCCUCGUGGAAGUCAUGGCUACAACCCUCUUGAGGUCCCCGAUAUGUGGGCAUCCUUCUACGCGGGAGGGCCAGGGAUAUCCAAGCUAGGCCAAACGCAGCCCAUCCACAUGGUCGACAUCUACAACGUGCUCUGCUAUCUGGUCGGCUUGCCGCCCCAUGGAAACAGCGGCUCCUGGCGGCGGGUCAGGAAUGUAAUAGACCCUACUUACAACAGGCCAUUAUUCGUAGAGUACGACAGAUUUUUCCUUCAGCGGCGGAACGCAUAGCUGUGGAAAAUACGGUGGUUUACACUUCGAGAUUCUUGUCUUCAACAUCCUAACCAAGAACUAGUUUAUCUCUACAGUAAAGUAAGUCCUAAGUGCAGAUGUGCGCUAUGUAAGUUGCUUAACUUUGUGCGUGGUAUGAAAAACAAAGAUAUCGCAACGCUCCUCGGUCACAGUUUGGUUAAAUUUGAUCUCGUGAAGUCCUCGUACCGAGUUUUUCCAAAUUUAUUCCACGUUUGAGGUGUAACAUUUCAGUGAACCAUUAUACGGUCUGCUUUUUACUGAGAGUCAAUGAAUACUACAUACAUACCCUUUGUUUUUAAGAAUGUUGACGAGUGCGGUACAUCCACUUAAUCAAGCACGUGACUAUAUUGGGGACGUGUCCCAAGGGGAAGUCUGCAUGCUGCACUACGGUUGUUGUUUCACGCUACUACGGUAGUUGGUCCGGAUGGAGGACGAAGUCUUGCUGUCUGAAGAGGACAAGAUUUAUUUGCGUGUCUGAAGAGCGGAGGUGAAAGCUGGGCUUACUUUGUGUGCGUGUAGUACAUGGAAAGCGUUUCGGGGAAACCCAGAAAGGACAGCAGACAUCACAGCCAAUGCGAUGAUUCGAAGGGCGUCGUCCUUAUAGUCCGGAUAGUCUCAAUGCGGCAAGCAAUCAUCCUAACCACUUGGCCACAGAACUGUUGAAUCCGAGGGGAAACAAAGACGACGGAGACGGGACAACGCGUAUGGGACGCACUCUGAAGAGUUCGUUCCGUCUUUGUCUUUUACUUUACUUUCACUGAGUUUCCCCCUUCGCGUUUGCGUCAUGUAACAUAGCUCCCCUGGGUCUGUUGUCUGCCGCCUUCAAACAUACCAGAUCUUCCCUGUUGGCGAGAUUCUUUAUCAAACACGAAAGAUAUCAGCCAGACUUCAGACAAGGGCACUGACGAGAACCAAGACAACGCUGAAAAUCGGCGUUGUCUUGCUUUCAA